UGCCAGGCCUCCUCCUCUAUUCCUCCGCCCCGACGAGUAGUAACCAUUGGUGGUGGGGUUGGCUCUAGGCUCUGUGAUUGGGGCACGGUGGACGCCACUCACCACCGAGGCUGGCAGAAGGGUACGUUGCAAGGAGCACGAUGUUGACCUACUAACACAGAUCUCUGGCGGCGGCGGCAGCGGCGGCGGCGCGGUGGUGGUUCCCCGCUGUAGCAGGCUGGUAGACCCCUCCCAUCACUCCUCCUCUACCGCCACCCAACCCCCCGCCCCAGCCCCCGCCCCAGCCCCUCUCUCCGACCCCAGGAAGUGCUGCAACUGGCUGUCUCCUCUGUGUCGCGCUACCAGCCUGUGGGCCUGCCCCGGAGGUGGGAGCGAAGCCCCUAGCGAGCCACUUCUCUUCAGAUCCUUUGAUGCUGCCCCUCGGCCCCCCAUCCCCCCUACUCCAGCACACACAGCAAUACCCAAGCCUCACUCAACCCUGCCCAGCCUCUAUCCUCUUCUAGAGCUGAGGCUAGGAGUCGGGUGUUGUGUUGUGUUCUCUGGUUCACUCGCGACUUUCCGGGGAGACCUCUUCUCGUUUUUGUUGCGUUUUCUGCCCCUCCCACCACAUUCUUCGGGCCAAGAUGAAAAUGAGAAAGAUCGCUUAGAAGACUUCCACUCUAUUUAGCAAGAAGAGCAUAUGUGUUCUUACCUUUUGUAAUAUGAAACAAAAAGAGGAAUGCUGAUGGAUAUAAAAUUAUGAUUUUUAAAGAACUGUGGUUUGAAAAAUACUGGAGAUAUAAUUUACCCUGCAACAGAAGAUAAAAAAAGAUUUAGUUAAAAUUAUUUCUGAUGCAGCUAAGAAAAAUGCAGGCCAUUAAAAAGGAGCAGGCACUUGUUGAUACAAGUAGAAAUGUGGACAAAAUGAUAGUACUUAACUCUGCUCUAACUGAAGUAUCCGAAGACUUGAAUACAAAUGAAGAUAUAUUACUUAAUGAAGGAGUUGGUGGAAAAAACAAAUCUUCAGCUUGCAGGAGAAAACGGGAAUUCAUUCCAGAUGAAAAGAAAGAUGCUAUGUAUUGGGAAAAAAGGCGAAAGAAUAAUGAAGCUGCCAAAAGAUCUCGUGAGAAACGUCGGCUGAAUGACCUGGUUUUGGAAAACAAAUUAAUUGCAUUGGGAGAAGAGAAUGCUUCCUUAAAAGCAGAACUGCUCUCACUAAAAUUAAAAUUUGGUUUAAUUAGUUCGGCAGUGUAUGCUCAAGAGAUACAGAAACUCAGCAAUUCUACAGCUGUGUAUUUCCAAUAUCAAACAACCAAAUCAAAUGUUAGCUCAUUUGUCGAUGAACAUGAAACUUCUAUAGUAGGAAGUAGUUGCAUUUCUGUCAUUAAACACUCUCCUCAAAGCUCUUUGUCUGAUGUCUCAGAAGUGUCAUCAAUAGAGCAUUCUCAGGAGAGUCCUAUUCAGAACAAUUGCAGAAGUCCUCAGAAUAAGUUCCAAGACAUAAAACAGGAACCUAUGGAAUUAGAGAGCUAUACAAGAGAGUCAAGAGAUGAUAGAGGUUCUUAUACAGCAUCCAUUUAUCAAAACUACAUAGGAAACACAUUUUCUGGUUAUUCUCACUCACCUCCUCUCUUGCAAGUCAAUAGAUCCUCCAGUAAUUCACCAAGAACAUCAGAAACUGAUGACGGUGUGGUAGGCAAGUCAUCUGAUGGAGAAGAUGAGCAACAAGUUCCCAAAGGCCCAAUCCAUUCCCCAGUUGAACUUAAAAGCAUACAUGCAACAGUUGUUAAAGUCCCAGAAGUAAAUUCUGCACUACCACAUAAGCUUCGGAUUAAAGCCAAAGCCAUGCAAAUAAAAGUGGAAACAUUAGAUAAUGAGUUUGAUGCCACACAGAAACUCUCCUCACCUAUUGAUAUGUCAUCAAAGAGACAUUUUGAACUUGAAAAGCAUGAUACACAAAAUUUGGUACAUUCUUCCCUUACGCCUUUCUCCGUGCAAGUGACUAACAUUCAAGAUUGGUCACUCAAACCAGAACAUUGGCAUCCAAAAGAACUCAAUGGCAAAAUUCAGAAUAGUUGCAAAACUGGAGUUAUUGAAAUUAAAGACAGUGUCUACAAUGUCUCUGACUCAGAGAACUUGUAUUUAAAACAAGGGAUAGCAAACUUAUCUGCAGAGGUUGCUUCACUUAAAAGACUUAUAACUACACAACAAAUUUCUGCUUCAGACUCUACUUAAGUUACUACUGAAUUGUUUUAAAGAUGUCAUUUGUAGUAGAUCAACAUGUUUUGUAUUAUGCUGAAUUUUCACUGGACUUGUGAGGUCAUUUCACUGUAAUGUUCACAUGUUGUCUGAUAGGUGUCUUUUAGUGCACAAAUUAUUAUGAAGAUUAGGUUGUGUAAUGAUCACUAUGCCUUGUGUAUAGUCAAGUAGCCUGUGCAAAGGCUAACUAUAGAACAUUAUUUUUUGUCGUUCAAUUAUUAAGUGUGCAAGUUACCGCUUACAAUAAAGUAUUGGUGACAAACAUGGAAUUUUACUACAGUAAAGCCAAUUCAGUGAAAAAGGCAUUGGUUCUGUUAAAUGAUGGAAUAAUUACACAUUUAACAUUUUACUUAUUCCUUUGAGUUUUAUCUUUUAACCAAGAUAAAUUUGUAAUACACAUUUUCCAAGGAAUUCACUUUGAUUUUCCUUGAGUUUGGCUAACUCUAACCCCUUGAAAAGAAAAAAAAAUGAAACCCUAGAAAAGAAAAAAAAUAAUCUAUUUUUUUCUUUAAAAAUUCCUUCCUUAAAGGCUUGUCAUUAUUAAUUUUUUUUUCCUUUUAAGAUGAACUUUUCAUUACACAUCAGUUGUUUGGUUUUUGUUUUUUAAAGAAAGGCCCAAGUUGAUUAUCAGUAGCCUUGCCAGAGUCAUCUCUUAUAAGCAGUGUACAUAGAUGCAGUUAACUGAAUCAGUGACAUGGCUUACUAUAAUGCUAUGAGUGAUAAGAAAAUGGAUAAAGGGAAAAUAUUUGUGUAAUUUUCUUUGAUUGUAACCCAUGCAGCUCUGGCAGAUGACCAUCUGGGGAGCUUAGCUCUUUAGUAAUAAAAUAAAACACCAAAAUAUACCUGUAUUUUUAACUUGCA